AUGCUCUGGUUUAAAGGUGGAGCCAUUGACAUGUUCAAAGAGGAAACUCAAGUAAAAAUCUUGGACCGACGGAGAAAAGUGGAGCGGGCUAGUAGAGCAAGGGCUAGUGGAGCAAAGGCAAAGGCUCAAGGAAAUCCUACUCACAGCAAAUUAGGUGGAGUAAGGGCUCCUAGCAAGGCUCAAGAAUAUCCUAGGCAUAGCUGGAGCAAGGGCUCCUAUUGA